AUGGUGCUCUGCAUCUACGGCUUCCCCUCCAACGUCGCCGCCCUCCAGUUCGAGUGGGCGUGGCAGCACCCGACGGAGUCCCUCGCCGUGCGCAAGGCCGCCGCCGAAUUCAAGUCGCUCAGCGGCAUCGGCAACAAGGUCAAGCUCGCGUACACCAUGCUCAACCUCCCCUCAUGGGAAAACCUGAACCUGACGGUGAACUUCUUCUCCUCAAAGAACACCAAGUUCACCGCCGGCUGCCCAUCGCUGCCGAAGCAGAUGAAGACUGUCGUCUGCGCGAUGGAGGAUCUGCAGUGCCAGGCCGAUGGCCCGUCAUCUGAGGAGGAUGGCAAUGACAUCCGUGACAGUGAAGAGCCCCAAGAUACUGACGAAGAACUGUCCGAUUCGCCUCUCCGAGAUGGAUAUUCAUAUUCUGACCAUUGUUUCCAGCAACUGUCCUCUGAUCAAGUGCAGCCAAUGGACGAGCAAACCAGAGCUGUGGGUUCUGAUGUCCAGGAUGACUUAGCUGACGAGCUCGCUCCUUCAAUGGAAAGGAACGAAAUCCUUGACACAAGAAGAGAACUGAAUGGACCAAGAACAUCGCCUCGGUGUUCCUUGAGCCCGUGCAGCGACGAUGACGGAUUGGAAGAAGAGACAGGACUGAUGUCUCCGUUAUUGAUGCCCAAUGCUAGUUCAGAUGAUGGUGAUGGCCGCCAUAUCCUCGAUGGAAACCAUGUGGUAGACUUGGUUACCCCGACUCCAGUAGGCCGGCUCCGGAGAAGAGACUGCAUUUCCAGCAUUUGCCCAAAGAUUAUUGAUCUGACGUCCUCGCCUAUUGUCAUUCAGUUGUAG